GUUAUGCGCAGCGUUGGAGCGUUUGAACGCAACGUCUUAAUUUGAAUGAAUCGGAUAGUUUGCCCCAAAUCCCACAGAAAAACUAAAUGUGAACCAUUUAGCAGCACUUACACGCCGAAGAAUGAAGAUACGGUCAGUGAUUCCAACUUGAUUUCAUUUGGCUAAAGACAGUUUUUCCAAGAAUGAAAUCGGUGCGUGCGUCUACUGUCUCGUAUUGUGAUUAAUUGAGAAUGUCUGGAAAUCAUUUUCCGCAAAUAGCAUUUAAGAGCACACAAAUUGAGCAAAUAGACUGCUUAAUUUUAUUGAGGACUGCGCCUUCUCCUGGUUUCCAUUAACCAAUUGCAAAGUUACACAAACUGACCAAAAAAAAAAAACCCAAGGAGUUUCCACUGGGCUGCAAUUUGCAUUCAUCUUGCAUCACUUGAGUAAAGAGAUAUACAUUUUUAAUUGAGCGUCACUCUGAGACUUUCCAAUCACAAUCUCAUUUGUGUGUGUUGGAGAGCGACUAAAAGGCAGAAUGGUUUCUGUUUAAUCUUUCUCAUUUCCCUCUCCGUGUCCCGAGGCUUUUGACACUCUGAAUGAAAGGAGCCUGCUUUCAUUUCAAUACCUCAGGGUUUGCUCCAGAUAAUUCAGACCAGGUCUAAGCUGCUGAUUGUGAGGAUGGUGUCAGCGGGGCAGAUUAGGUGGUGCUCGUGGACCCCACUGGUGUUACUGGUCCUGAUUUCCCAUUUGGCGCAGGGUCAAGUUCCAGCUCCAAGGAGGCUGCGUUUCAAAGUGCUGAGCCCAAGCAAACUCCUUAUUUCAUGGAAGGAGCCCAAAGGAGACUUUGACAGCUAUCUGUUCCUUUACAACACUACGCCAGGUGGUCAACAGAGGGAGAUCAUAAUAUCUAAAUCUGACACUAAGGUGUUGAUAACAGAUUACAGCCCCAUGAAGGACUACACAGUCAGUGUCCUCAGCGUCAGUGGCGGUGAGCAGAGCCGGCCACUUCAGGGCCGACACAAAGCUGAAGGAGGCGAGAGUGACGGAGGAGACGAGACUAAGCCCGAGAGGCUGACUGAGUCAGCUGGACCUCCUGAGGAUGACAACGAGAUCUUUGGAGUUGAUCAGUUUGUUUGCCACACUGAGGCCAUUGCAGACAUCGUGAUCCUGGUGGACGGGUCCUGGAGUAUCGGUCGGCUCAACUUCCGGCUGGUCCGCAUGUUCCUGGAAAAUCUGGUUGAUGCCUUUGAUGUUGGCAUCAAUAAGACACGGAUUGGUCUGGCUCAGUACAGUGGUGAUCCCCGGAUAGAGUGGCAUCUAAAUGCUUUCUCCACGAAAGAUGCCGUCAUUGAUGCUGUUAAGAACCUGCCAUACAAAGGAGGAAACACUCUCACAGGACUUGCGUUGACCUACGUCUUGGAGAACUGCUUCAAGCCGGAGUCUGGCUCUCGGCCGGGCGUGCCCAAGAUCGGGAUCCUCGUCACAGACGGAAAGUCCCAGGACGAUGUCAUUCCUCCCGCAGAGAGUUUACGAAAUGCUGGGAUUGAGCUCUUUGCUAUUGGUGUUAAGAAUGCUGAUGAGAAUGAGCUGGUCUCCAUUGCCUCGGAGCCGGACCACACACACGUCUACAACGUGGCCGACUUCAACGUCAUGAGUUCCAUUGUGGAGGGUUUGACCAAGACUGUGUGCGAGCAAGUGGAGCAGCAGGAAAACGAUAUCAAACAGAAAUAUAUACCAGAGAAGACAGGAGCGCCGCUUGAGCUGGUGACAUCAGAAGUGACGGCUCGCGGCUUCAGGGUUUCAUGGAGCCACGCGCCCGGGAAUGUAGAGAAGUACAGAGUGCUUUAUUAUCCUGAUGGCGAAGGAGAACCACAGGAGGCGGUGGUGGACGGUGGUGAGACUUCGGCGGUGUUACAGCAUCUCCACUCUCUCACUGAGUACCAGCUGGCUGUGUUUGCUGUGUACGCAAACGAGUCAAGCGAAGCUCUCAGAGGAUCAGAAACAACCCUGGGCCUCCCCGCAGUGACGACCCUCCAGCUGUCAGAUGUGACUCACAGCACCAUGAGAGCAAGAUGGAACAGUGUGGAGGGAGUUUCUGGCUACAUGCUGCUGUAUGCACCGCUUACAGAUGAUGUGGACUCAGUCGAGAAAGAGGUCAAAGUGCUGGACGCAGUGACAGAGAUGGAGCUCCAUGGAUUGACCCCUCGCACUGAAUACACCGUCACUGUUUAUGCCAUGUACGGGGAGGAAGCUAGUGACCCAAUGACAAACCAGAAAUCUACAUUACCACUGAGUCCCCCCAGUAACCUCCAGUUCUCUGACAUCACUCACAACUCCGCCCACAUCAGCUGGGCACCCGUACCCAGAGGAGUCAAAGGUUAUCGAAUCGUGUGGAUCAAGACAGACGGAGCGGUCACUGAGGAGGUGGAGGUGGGUCCAGACACCUCGUAUGACCUCAGUGGAUUGACGUCUCUGAUGGAGUACUCGGUGGCCAUCUUUGCCCUGUACAAGGAAGGCCAAUCGGAGGCACUCACAGACCGGUUCACUACCACUCCAGUUCCAGGUCCAUUGGAUCUACGCUCCAGCAAUGUCGGCACAGACGGCUUCCAGGUCAGCUGGGAUCACUCAGCCGAUGACAUCGUCCUCUACAGACUCUCCUGGGCACCGUUUACGGGUGGCGACACAAAGGAGGUUGUCCUGAGUGGAAUUGACAACCAAUACACGCUGACUGGUCUGAGUCCGUCGACUGAGUACGAAGCGAUGCUGACGGCUGUAUUCAAAGAUGAAUCCGAAAGUGAUACCGUCUCUGUUACCGAGACCACCCUGGCCGAGACAACAACGAUUGCUACCACAACACAAGCGGCACGUCGGGCAGUGAGAAACCUUCGGCUGCGUGACGAGACCACGCAGAGCAUGGAGGCGUCAUGGGAGCUGCAGGACCCCCACGUGCAAAGCUACAGGGUCUCUUACGCCGGUCUCAGGGGCAACCGCCGGGAGGAGUCUGUGUUAGUUUCUGGUGUUCAGAUGAGAGCAGUUCUUCAGCCUUUGCUACCAGACACCCAGUACAAAGUGACAGUCACACCGGUGUACACGAAUGGACGAGACGGCAUCAGUGUCUCCGCGCUCGGGUUCACAUUGCCUCUCCUGUCUCCUGCAAACCUACGUGUGUCAGAGGAGUGGUACAAUCGCUUCAGGGUCACCUGGGAUCCACCUCCGUCGCCGACAGCUGGUUACAGGAUCGUAUACCAGCCCAUCAAUGUCCCAGGACCAUUUUUGGAGACAACGGUUGGUGACGAUGUGAACUCCAUGCUGCUUCUGAAUCUACUAAGUGGGACGGAGUACAAUGUUCAAGUGACGGCUUCCUACCCCACAGGACAGAGUGAACCACUGCUGGUGAAUGCCAAGACAUUGUUCCUCGGUGUGUCUGGUAUGUCCACCUACCAGGUGCGUCCCAACAGCCUCUGCGUCCAAUGGCAGCCACUCCUCCGUGCCACCUUGUACAGAGUCUCCAUACAGUCUACGCUCAACGGUCAGAGACAGGAAGUGAGCCUGGGAGGUGGUGCUUCCCGACAGUGCUUCUAUGACCUCACGCCCAGCAGCCAAUACCAGAUCAGCAUUCACACCCAGAUGCAGCAAAUGGAAGGACCUCCUGUCUCCAUCACUGACAUGACACUGCCACCGCCCACUCAAACUCCGACUGAGCCCCCCACCACAGAGCCCCCGCCCACGAUCCCCCCAGCGAAAGAAGUGUGCAGGGAGGCCAAGGCCGACCUGGCUUUCCUGGUCGAUGGUUCGUGGUCCAUUGGAGACGAUAACUUCAUGAAGAUCACGCGUUUUCUCUACAGCACCAUGGGAUCACUGGAUCUGAUUGGCCCAGACGGUACUCAGGUGGCCAUCGCUCAGUUCAGCGACGAUGCUCGGACAGAAUUCCAGCUGAGUUCCCAUGGCAACAAAGAAGCGCUGUUGGACGCUAUCCAGAGGAUCCGAUACAAGGGUGGAAACACAAAGACAGGUCGGGCCAUCAAACAUGUGAAGGAGUCUAUUUUUACACCGGAGGCCGGUGCAAGACGGGGCGUCCCUAAAGUCCUGGUUGUCCUCACUGACGGACGUUCCCAAGAUGAUGUCAACAAAGUGUCGAAGGAGAUGCAGGUGGACGGAUAUAUCAUCUUCGCCAUUGGCUUUGCGGACGCUGACUACGGGGAGCUGGUGAAUAUUGCCAGCAAGCCCAGUGAUAGACACGUCUUCUUUGUGGACGAUUUGGACGCCGUGAAGAAAAUAGAAGAACAGCUCAUUACUUUUGUCUGUGAGGCCGCCACCGCCACUUGUCCAUCGGUUUUGAUGAGUGGUAACACAAUGGCGGGUUUCCACAUGAUGGAGAAGUUUGGCCUAGUGGAGAAGGAGUACAGCACCAUAGCCGGAGUUUCUCUGGAGCCGGGUUCAUUUAACAGCUUCCCGUGUUACAGGUUACACCGGGACGCCCUGGUGUCGCAGCCCACCAAGUACCUUCAUCCAGAAGGUUUACCAUCUGACUACACCAUUUCUAUGAUGCUCCGACUGCUUCCUGAGACCCCGGAGGAGCCCUUUGCAUUGUGGGAAAUCCUCAACGGCAACGACGAGCCAUUGGUCGGACUUAUCCUGGACAACUCUGGAAAGACCUUAACCUUCUUCAACCACGACUACAAAGGACACUUUCAGACUGUCACUUUUGAAGGAACUGAAAUAAAAAAACUCUUCCACGGCAGCUUCCACAAGCUCCAUGUAACCAUAAGCAAGACGUCUGUGAAGGUGGUGUUAGAUUGUUCUGUGGUUGGGGAGAAAUCGGUCAGUGCUGCUGGUAACAUCACUACGGAUGGAGUGGAGAUCCUCGGAAGGAUGAUUCAGUCCAGAGGCAGACGGGACAACUCUGCUGCAUUCCAGCUCCAGAUGUUUGAUAUCAUCUGCAGCACAUCCUGGGCCAGCAGAGAUAAGUGCUGCGAGCUGCCGGCAUUAAGAGUUGAGGAGCAGUGUCCCUCCAUGCCGCAUGCCUGCACCUGUUCCCAGGAGAGCAAAGGACCUCCAGGACCUUCCGGACCCCCUGGCGGUCCAGGCAUACGGGGAGCCAGAGGAGAUCGAGGAGAGUCAGGAGUGACGGGACCUCAGGGACCAGUGGGAAAGAUCGGUCCUUCUGGACCCUCAGGGCCGCCUGGUCCUCAGGGACCCAGUGGUCUCUCUAUUCAGGGACCCCCGGGUGCUGCGGGGGGGAAGGGAGCGCGAGGAGAGAUCGGUCCAGCCGGGCAAAUGGGCGUUCCUGGAAGCUCGGGCUCCCCCGGGAGAGACGGCCCCCCGGGGGCAAGGGGUCUGCCGGGUAAUAGUGGACCACAGGGAAGACAAGGGCCUCCUGGACCUCUUGGAUCCCCAGGAGCACCCGGAGCUCAUGGACCUGUCGGUUCAGCAGGAACUCAAGGAGAUCAAGGACUUCCUGGUCCUUCUGGUACCAAAGGUGAUAAGGGAGAAAGAGGUGACGUGCAAUCCCAAGCUGCUGUGCAUGCCAUUGCUCGGCAAGUGUGCGAGCAGCUCAUCCAGAGCCACUUGUCUCGCUAUAACUCCAUACUGAACCAGAUCCCCGCCCAGGCAGCAACGUCAGUCCGAACAGUACCAGGACCACCCGGGGAGCCGGGGAGGAGAGGCUCCCCGGGCCCCCAGGGAGAGCCAGGGCCAGCCGGCAGGCCGGGCUUCCCCGGCGCCAGCGGCCAGAACGGGCUUCCGGGAGAGAGAGGUCUUUUGGGUGACAAGGGAGAAAGAGGGAGUCCAGGAAUUGGAAGUCAGGGACCCCGAGGACAAUCCGGACCUCCAGGCCUGCCGGGUGAAGGACGGACAGGCAGCCAGGGCCCCCCCGGGCGGCCCGGUAAUACUGGAACACCGGGCAGGACGGGGAACCCAGGUGCCCCCGGGGCCGCCGGCCCGCCAGGGUACUGUGACCAGAACUCCUGUCUGGGCUACAACGUCGGAGUCCAACCCCUUCCUCACGCCGGCGUGCAGCCCCACAAUCAGCCGCACAACCCUGCUGCAGAGGCUUACGACCAUGGAGGAGAGGAUGAGGAGGAGGAGGAGGAGGAGGAAGAAGAGCAGGACCCCUAUUACCGGGGUUACCCCCGUCAGUACUACCCCCAACAACCCUCCCAACUGGCUCACAGGCACAACGGUUACCACUCAAGCCCCACCCACUCCGAGGACACGGAGGUGAGGUCGCCGGGCAUCGCCAGGUUUCCCCGUGGCGCAGUCGUGUGAACGAGGAGAGGACUUGUGAAAGGAAUUAUGGACACGCCUCAAGUGCUUGAGCCCCCGCACGCCACAACGUACACGCUGAUGACCAUACAUGGAAACAGAUCACUUUGCCCGCCCCCUCCUUGUGCAUCUAGUGGUUUUCUCCACUUGGUGAAACAAUGUAAAUAGCUCUGUGGACUUGUACAAUAACUCUGUAAAAGGGGUGUCUGAGAAGUGCCUGAUCUAUGUUAGCAUCGUCCAGUCGUAAUGUAAAGGUAAGAUUUUUUUCCCGCCUCACAGCUGAUUUCAGGACUACGCCCUUCUCUCUGUGUGAAGCUGCAUGUCCCCUUUGAGCCAAACAAAUGUAUUACUUUCGCAAACAUUUUAUUUUCCAUUCAGAACAUCUAGCUAGCAUCCCACUUUGUGGACCAGGUGUGUUCUGGGUUUUAAUACUUGUGAUGAAGAGAAAUCGGUGUUUCCCCGUAUGUUUCGAUUUUAUUGUUGUUCUUACGCAAAGUUGGGCCUGCUCACUGUGGAAGCUGUCUAGUCACUGGUCGACCUCUGACUUCUUGCUGGAAUGAGACUUGAUUCCAGUUAUUAUGAAAAUCCCUCUGCUGCUUCUCAGUGAAACCAACAAGGACUGAACCACGAGGGUUCGCGUUACCCCUCCUGCACUGCAGAAAACAAGCACUAAAGUAACUGCUAGUUCAGCUGAGAGCUGGUCCUGGUCUCCUUUGGAUUGAAAAACUGUCGAGCUUCAACAAAUUUAAUAACAAAUGUGUCUUGCCGCAACGCCCCUUAGUACAACAUGAACUUAUUUAUUUUUGUUUGCUUUUAUAACCAAUAAAUCUCUUAAAACUAUAAAA